AAAAACCUGAACACCAACAAAGAUUAAUAAGGGAAUUGAUGAAGGUUGGAACUCCUCUCACUCUGAUUUCUCCACCUUGAACAUGUCAGAAUGAUCCACAUCUAUUUUAAACUCCAAAAUUAAGUCCUGGGUCCCCCUGUUGAUUUCUUGAGAAAUUUUUAUCCCUUCCUGAGGCAUAAUUUUCGUGUCAACCACUCUUUUGUAUAUUUCCAUGGUGAGCAAACAUGGCAUUGAAGCGAGUCAACAAAGAGUUGUCCAAGUUCAGGAAGGAGCCCAUUGCAGGUAUUGAAGCCAAUCCAGUGGGAGACAAUCUGCUGCACUGGAAAGCCAGUGUCAAGGGACCAUCUGGCACUCCGUAUGCUGGAGGCACUUUCUACUUCGACAUCAAGUUUCCUUCUGAUUACCCAUUCAAGCCGCCAAAGAUCGAGUUCAUCACCAAGAUUUAUCAUCCAAAUGUGAACAGUAAAGGGGAGAUUUGUCUGGAUAUUCUCAAGAAGCAGUGGUCACCAGCAUUGACUAUAUCAAAAGUAUUACUGUCACUGUCAUCACUGAUGUCUGAUCCAAAUCCCGAUGAUCCCCUGGUGCCUAGUAUAGCCAAACAGUUUAAGAAGAACAGGAAGGCCUUCAACAAGGAAGCUGUCAAAUGGACCAAGAAGUAUGCCAUGGGCAAAAAGAAGUGAAGCAGCAGUUCCUUUGCCAAAUUUAUCAGCAAAUGUUAUUAUCCUCUUAUCAAGUAUAUUCGCUUUAUUGAAAAGAUAUGCCGACUGUGAAAUGUAGGGAUUAUGGCCCAUACA